AUGAAAAAAGACAACCAGUCCUGUCUCACCGAGAUUGUCCUGUUGGGCUUCUCAGAUUUCCAGUCUGUGCAGGAACUUCUGUUUUCUCUGGUUCUAAUAUUCUACUUCAUGGCCUUGAUGGGCAACAGCCUGAUUUUGGUCCUCAUCUUUCUCAGUCCUGCUCUUCAUACCCCAAUGUAUUUCUUCCUCUGGAACUUGUCCUUUUUGGAAAUUGGCUACACCACGACCAUUAGCCCAAAGAUGCUAGUGAAUUUGUUAUUAGAGAAACAGUCUAUAUCCUUUUGGGGCUGUGGAUGUCAAAUGUGUUUCUUCCUUCUUUUUGGUGUCACUGAGUGUUGUCUUCUUUGUGUCAUGGCCGUCAUUAAGCCGCUGCGCCACUGCGUCCCCCCUUUAAUAGGUUUGGGAGACUCUAUUUCAAUCUUCACCCUUCCCUUCUGUGGGUCAAAUCAAAUUAGCCAUUUCUUCUGUGAUCUUAUGUCUGUUUUGAGGCUGGCAUCUACCAAUACCUACAAAAAUGAGGUGGCCGUUGCUGCAUUAACAGUGCUAGUUGACUUAACACCCUUUCUACUCAUCCUUUUUUCCUACACCCUCAUCAUUUCCACUAUUCUUAUGAUGCUGGUGGCCAAGAACAGGCGCAAAGCAUUUUCCACUUGUUCCUCACAUCUCACUAUUGUCUUCAUUUUCUACGGAACUGUCAUUUUUACCUACAUUCAUCCAAACUCAGCAUAUUCUGUGGACAAUAACAGGUUCCUUGGUCUGUUUUACACAGUAGUGACUCCCAGCUUGAACCCCAUCAUUUACAGCUUGAGGAAUAAGGAGAUGAAAGCUGCUUUCAUGAAAUCAGUAGCAAGGAAACAGUUCUUCCUUAGAUAA